AUGAUCUCUGUCAGACCGCGACUGACUCUCAAGCCUCACAUCAGGGGCCAGACUUUGGUCAAUGGGUUAGACCUCAUGUCAGUUGAGCUAGCCUUCUCUCCAAAACCACAGUCAACGCAACAUGUUGAUAUGGUCAAUGCAACCAGCCUCCUAAAUCGAGAUGCUCAAGGAAUAGUGUUGGCAAUUUUCAAAACCAAAGGUUAUGAUCUUCAACGUUUAUGCUUCAUUUUUCGAGAAGUGCUUGGCACAACCUUGAUUGAGCCCCUCAGCCAAUACCUCGAGGCGCGACACCUCAAGCGCGACUCCCCUAGGCGUGACACCACUGGGCACGAUGCCCCUAGGCGCGACACCCUCAAGAAAAAUACUGCAUCAGAGCGAGAUGCAUCUCCAAAACAUUGGAAUUGGCAAAAUGGACCUUUCACCAAGAUUGGACAGAAGUGGAAUCGCAGAAGUGUGGGGGCAACCUCAGCAAGACUCGCCUCCACCACUGUGGGAGUGGUAUCCUCAACCUAUUGA